AGAGCAUUCCACGUUUCUGUGCACCAGAGGGCUGAACAGUCAGAGCCUGUGAGGCAACUUCUGUGCAACCCAGUCAUCUGAGAGAGAACCCAGCUGACAUGGACAGCCUCUUGAUGAAGAGGAAGCUCUUCCUCUACAAUUUCAAGAACCUGCGCUGGGCCAAAGGCCGUCGUGAAACCUACCUCUGUUAUGUUGUGAAGCGCCGUGACAGUGCUACAUCAUGCUCCCUGGACUUUGGAUACCUGCGUAACAAGAUGGGUUGCCAUGUGGAGGUUCUCUUCCUACGCUACAUCUCAGCUUGGGACCUGGACCCAGGCCGCUGCUACCGCAUCACAUGGUUCACCUCCUGGAGCCCCUGUUAUGACUGUGCCCGACAUGUGGCUGACUUCCUUCGUGCCUACCCAAACUUGACCCUCCGCAUUUUCACUGCCCGCCUCUACUUCUGUGAAGAUCGCAAGGCUGAGCCUGAGGGGCUGAGACGCCUGCACCGGGCUGGGGCCCAAAUCGCCAUCAUGACUUUCAAAGAUUUCUUCUACUGCUGGAACACGUUUGUGGAGAACAGGGAAAAGACAUUCAAAGCCUGGGAAGGGCUGCAUGAAAACUCUGUCCAUCUGUCCAGGAAACUCCGACGGAUCCUUCUGCCACUGUAUGAAGUAGAUGAUUUACGAGAUGCCUUUAAAACUCUGGGACUUUGAAGAGGAAGUCAUCAGCAAUAAGAAGACUUCACAAGCAUUUGUUCUUUGAUAUUCAACUCUCUCCCUCACUGUGUAUCUGUGUCUUCUUCCUUCUUUACAUCUCUCUUUCUUCCAGACAUGUCUAAAUAUAAGACAAUUCGUAUUUUUUCUGUCCUAACAGCCAAAUUGAAAAGCUCUCGUGAGAGUACUGAACUGACAGAGUCCUGGACAGCUCAGUUUGAACCUCAUUUGAAACCAGCAAAUCUUCUAAGUGGUUUGUGUGCAGAUCUGGGCCCUCUUGCACAGAAUGAAGGGAGCUUGAAUGGCGGUGGGUCCAGAUUUUGUUUGCUAUGACAGGUUGAAACUAGACAGUAAAAGCCUAAAAUGAAAGCAAAAGAUUUUCUGUCCAACAUUUUCAAGUGUGAGCUGCAGAAAUAGGAAAUCCACUCAAUACCUACUCACUACAUUGAGAGCCAUGGCAGCUCCACAUCAGUGCUGAUCACUGUAUGGACCUCUCACCCAGCCAAGAAAGGAGGCUCCAAAGCAUUUCACUAUGGCAGUGUUUUUCCAGCAUAUAUCUACCAGAAAACACACUUCAUUUCUAAUUUGUAUCAUCCCUCAAACGUUGAUACAUUUGAGACUGUAGCAUUUUAGAUGGUAUUUUAGCAUCCACAUCAGGCACCAUCUGUUUCAUGACAUACUGCAAGGAGGAGCAGUACAAGUCUCACUAACAGUACUCUCCAGUCACAGACCAUUUCUUCCUAGAUCAGACCUGCAAUAUGCUUCAUCCCAAGGCAACUGUCCUCUGCUGGAGGCACCUUGCUUGUUCCAGUUUUACUUGGGGUUAUGUGAGUUCUUUUGAGUAUGGCUUAUAUGACAGAAGGCUUUGACUGUGUACUGUGUUUAAAAGCUUUGCAAUGUGGAAAGAUUAAGGAUUUGCUCCCUGAGUUAAUUUGGUUACUCAAAACUAACAAUUUUGUAGUUUCUUACCUACUCUAGGGAACGCACUUUCACAGGAGGGUUGGACUAUAUGAUCUUCAGAGGCCCCUACCAACCCCUACAAUUCUGUGAUUCUUGAAAUGUCAGGUUAGAAAGCAGCUGGAAAUAGUUGCUGUAAUUGUUUCUCUGCCAUUAUCUACAAGCAUGGAAUGAAAUUGUGAUUCUUGAGAUACAGUCUCCUGUCUUUACAGGCUUUUUAUUGACUACAGUACAUCCAGAUAUGACUAGCUGGUGACUAGACUGAGAGCUGACCAGAAAAAAACAUCCAUCAUGAGUGAAGCUGUACAGCUUGUAGAUGUUUUUUGCAGGGGCAAAACCAGAUCUUCCUGCCUGAUGUUGACUGUGUUUUCUUUAAGGGACCCAAUCAUAUCUGGUUUUGUGGACAGUCUUUACUAAGCUGAAAAUAUGGUUCAUGGUACACACCAACUCCCUGGAUUGUAGGUGAACUGUCCUCUUCAGUUUAACUUACUCAGGCUUUACCAGGGCUAACAGUGUGUCUCAUACUCUGGAGGUGCUCUGUCUUUUCCUUCAUGAUUGCUGUGAGUUCUCUGCUCCAUCCUGUUCCUCUUUCUGGGCACGGCCAAUGUUCCCAUUCUGCUCCUCCCAACGCUUCUUAUAGUGAUGGGCCAGCAGCAAGACAGUGCACAGCUCUUCACCCACAGUGUCUUUUGCUCUGUCAGAGUUGGGUGCAGCACAAGCUUCCUACAACCUCAGACUUCUGAUGUGCUCUGCACUCUCAUUUUGAGGAAUGUGGACCAAGAAUAGCAGUGAGAGCUUUGCAAAGCAUUAAUUUCCAGAUGUGGUGUUAUAUAUUUGUUGGAUAGCAUAUUAUUUAUAUUAAAAAAGUCUUGCAAAAGA